GGCCUCAGGCACUCCUGCAUUUCCUGGGCUGAGGGGUAGGUGUUCUCAACGUUUAGUUUGCCAGCCUAACGCACAUGCUCCCUGCUGAUGGUAACAGGUGUGAGUGAGCCCUUCACACACCUGCGCUUUGUGUGUGUGUCUCUGCUCUCAGUUUCUUAAUAGUGAAUGCUGUUAAAAAUAGGCACAAAAUGGAAGUUUCCCCAGGAUGGAAAACAAAAGGGGAAGUGCUCCUGUAAUUGGGAGCACAGGGGGCCCCGCCAGAAGGACCCCCGCCUCAGCAUCACUGCCUUAACCAUGGCCUCCCCUCCCUCUCUCUGGGGUGGGAGGGAGUUCCUAUCCCCAUCUUUGUUUUCCCUGGAGGCAGGUGUCACAAAGCAUCAGUAAACUGCUUCAGGUGCGAGAACACCACCCACUCAGGAGUGACCCCUGUUAUCCUUUUCAAUUUCCACCCACUAGCCAGUUUGCUUACACCAGGUGGUGAGGCAGCAGCUUGGUGUUCUGACGGGCUAGCAUCUUUCCCUGGUAUUGUGACACCACCUCCCUUCCUUGUCCCAAGGUUGUGAGGCCUUGUCUUUACCUUUGGUGUCACAUGAGUGGAACAGGGUCCGCAAAGCCCAGUGUGGUCAUUUCCCCGACAUCAUUCCCUGGUGCCUGCGGGAUCCUGCCGCACGCAGGUGGGGCCAGGGGUCUUGCCAAGAACAAUGUCUCCAGAAGGAAAAUGGGAGCUUCUGAUUCGAAGGCCCUGGCAGCUAGGCCUCUCUCCCAAACCACACCCUGAGGGUUAGCCCUUGGGCCAAACCAUCUGCCAUGGAGUCCAGCCAAGCUUUUCUGGCUAAAUAAGCAAUAAGAGGCUCUAAGCUGAUUCAGUUCCUAGGACCCUUUCUGUCUUCCUUUGACUCUCCUUGUCUCCAGGUGAAGGAAGAGCCUGUGCCACCCGCUUUCCUAUUAGGCUUGUCCAAGUGUUCCAAGGGACUCAUGUCCAGAGCCCAGGGUAAUGUGGUGGGAAUGUCCCCGCUGCUUCUGCAUGAAGCCCUGCUCUACAGGCCUGGUUUCUGCCAGAACCCUGCCCCCUGCCCCCUGCACUUCCUCACCAGAAAUGCCACAUUCCCUCUCACUCCCUCCUCUCUUCCCCAGAGAAGCAGCUCAGCCAAAUAAGUCUAAGCAGGGUCCAUCCUUGUGGACCAGAGCCAGCCUGGAGUCAUUAAGUGCUUUCUGGUCUCCAGUUUCGGCGUGUGUUAGGGGCAGGAGGUGACUGCAAAACUUGUUCCGUAGAGGAAUCAGGCCAGACUCAAUUUUGGAGGAGGGUGAGAUUGAGAGGGAACCAGUUCACCCCAGGUUCUGUUCUGGGGUUUCCCACCAACCCUUCCUGUUUGAGGCUGGUCUCUGGGAAGCAGUAGGCCACCGUGCCUGGUCAGCCCCAAUUCAAGCCAUGCCAGGAAUCUGCCCACCUGCCAGGUUCAGUUCUAUAAGGUGCCUCUUCAGGGACACAGUGUGUCUCUCUGAUUGGGCUUCUAAAUCAAAAGCCUGAUGUUCGUGUCCCUCUCAUAGGGGGAGCUUUGGACACAGGACCAGUUUGGACAGGGUCAAGGAAGAGUUUCCACUCUGCACAUUGUAGAGAGGACACUCUGUAGGCCCAUGGGUCCCUUACUAUAGAGGUUGAGUAAACUUGCCUUCAGUUAACCUGGGACCUCCUGUUUAUUUCUCUUUUGCCUCCCAAAGAUUUUGACCAUUUUAUAAGUGUAUGAAUUCACCUCUGUUAACAGUGGCCUAGAAGCUUCUUUGUGCUAGAAGCAUGGGUAAUCUAAAGGCAUUCCCGUGGAAAUGGAGCUUAUUCUAUUUUGCUACCCUUAACCCUGUUCCUGAGGCCUCACUCAGUAAGGCAACCCCCUUGGAAGGCUGUCCUGCAUCCCAAGUCCCAGCCAGGUCAAGUGUCUGAGGAAGGUAAGCCUGUUUGCCCCUUCAGGUCCUCAGCUGGUUACUUACCACUGUUGUCCUUCAGUUACCUUUUUUGUAAAAUGGGGUUUUAAGUUUUGUCCUUUUUUUUUUUAAUGCUGGUAAGUACUUGCAUUCAAGCAGGGGAGGGGAAGCGGAGGUCUGGCCCCUACCCCAUUCCUUUAAUGCUGUGGGGACCUGCCUCUUGAGCUGACCCUUCUCUUUGAGCCCCAGGAACUUCUUUGCUUGUAGUUUCUCCAGCCUGACAUGUCCCAUGUCGUGCCACUUUCAAGAUGCCGCUUGGAGGGUGGGGGAGAUCUACUUCCCUCUGUGACUGGGCUAUGGGGUUCUGACUACCUUGCUUACAGAUUCAUGGUUUGAUAAAUUUGUUGUAUUCAAAAACUUGAAAUAUAGGACGCCAUUAAGUGUCUGUUUAUAUUUUUGGAAUAUUUGUAUUACUUACAAUUAAUUAAUAAAAGUGGGUUUAAAAAACCCAUCCAUGAAUGAGAGCUGCCUCCUGAUCCUGCUGUUGUUCAUUUGGGCACUUAACCCCUUCUUCCCUCAAAAGCCCUCUGUGGUGAUGAAUGAUGAAGCCAGAGCGCCCAGGCUGGGAGGCCAGCUACGGACUCAGCACAGGGGUUGUGCUCCAGGUUACAGAAGUCUGGCUAUGUUAGCUCUUCCCUGGCCUCCAUGUGGAACCAAGCCCAGUGCCAUCCAGGUGCUUAAUAAGCAUAUGCUUGGGGUCUUAACUGACUUCUAGGGAGGAACCAGAAGCCCCAAGGGACUUGGACUCUUCUUUCUUCUGUGCUCCUCACUGAUUUUCCCAAACUAGGAGCCCUGAAACUCAGCCCAGGGUAGUUCCUGGUACUUAGUAGGCACUGAGAUACUGAUUGGAUGGUUUUGCCCAAGGGGCAAAACAGGAUGAUGUAAUAACAUACUCCUGGCCCCUCUCCCAGACUGCCCCUCCGAGAAAUGCCCAGCUGGGAGGGGCUUGCCAGCCUGGACAUCCCAGGUGCUCAGGGGGCAGCCCCAGCCCCUGCCUCCUGUCAUCAGUGUAAUGUGUCUACAUCUCCAAUAUGGCAAAUUUCAUAUCCUCCCACCCUCUUUCUGCAUUAUUGAUGGCCUGUGCACUUUUAAAAAAAUCAAUUAGAUCAGGGCGUGGAGCUGGAGUUAAAAGAAGCCUUUAAAAGUCUGCACUUCUUGUUUUGCUGUUUUGAAUAGGAACAGAUAAAGCUUUCCCUCUGGUUUGAAUAAGUCAAGCCCAGGGCUAGGUUGGCUGUGAUUGGUCAGGACUAAGAAAAUGCGGUUAAGAUGCAAACCCAAGCAAAUAUAACCCAGUGUCUGAGCAGCCAUUACUGAGCUAAGGCAGCAGGACCGGAAGCCUCCCGCUUUUGGGUGGUUCCUCAACACUAAUUAUCCGCCAAAAAACUGGGAAGACUGGUGAGAGAGAAAACAAGUCCUGGGAAGACAAGCACCAUGUCUCUGAGCAGCGCCUUUCGGGCUGUGGGCAACGACCCUGGAAUCAUCACCUGGAGGAUAGAGAAAAUGGAGCUGGCGCUGGUGCCCCUGAGCGCCCAUGGCAACUUCUAUGAGGGGGAUUGCUACGUCAUCCUAUCGACCCGGAGAGCGGGCAGUCUCCUCUCCCAGGACAUCCACUUCUGGAUUGGGAAGGACUCCUCCCAGGACGAGCAGAGCUGCGCGGCCAUCUACACCACGCAGCUGGAUGACUACCUGGGGGGCAGCCCUGUGCAGCACCGGGAGGUCCAGUACCACGAGUCCGACACCUUCCGCGGCUACUUCAAGCAGGGCAUCAUCUACAAGAAGGGGGGCGUGGCCUCUGGGAUGAAGCACGUGGAGACCAACACCUAUGAUGUGAAGCGGCUGCUACACGUGAAGGGGAAGAGAAACAUCAGGGCCACUGAGGUGGAAGUGAGCUGGGACAGCUUUAACCAGGGUGAUGUCUUCUUGCUGGACCUUGGGAAGGUCAUCAUCCAGUGGAACGGCCCGGAGAGCAGCAGCGGGGAGCGCCUAAAGGCUAUGCUUCUGGCAAAGGAUAUUCGGGACAGGGAGCGAGGGGGCCGUGCUGAAAUAGGAGUGAUCGAGGGUGACAAGGAGGCAGCCAGCCCAGAGCUGAUGAAGGUCCUUCAGGACACCCUUGGCCGACGCUCCAUUAUCAAGCCUGCCAUCCCUGAUGAGAUCACAGAUCAGCAGCAGAAAUCAAAUAUCACGUUGUAUCAUGUCUCAGACUCAGCUGGGCAACUGGCAGUCACAGAGGUAGCAACAAGGCCUCUAGUCCAGGAGUUACUGAACCAUGAUGACUGCUACAUCCUGGACCAAAGUGGAACCAAGAUCUAUGUGUGGAAAGGAAGAGGAGCCACAAAGGUUGAGAAACAGAUGGCCAUGUCUAAAGCCCUGAAUUUCAUCAAGAUGAAGGGCUACCCUAGCAGCACCAACGUGGAGACGGUCAACGAUGGUGCCGAGUCGGCCAUGUUCAAGCAGCUGUUCCAGAAGUGGUCGGUGAAGGAACAGACCGUGGGCCUGGGGAAAACGUUCAGCAUUGGUAAAAUUGCUCAAGUUUUCCAGGAUAAAUUUGAUGUGACUCUGCUGCACACCAAACCAGAGAUAGCGGCCCAGGAAAGAAUGGUCGAUGACGGCAAUGGAAAAGUUGAGGUCUGGAGAAUUGAAAACCUGGAGCUGGUCCCCGUGGAGCAUCAGUGGUAUGGCUUCUUUUACGGGGGAGACUGCUAUCUGGUCCUCUAUACGUACGAGAUGAAUGGAAAACCACACUACAUCUUGUACAUCUGGCAGGGCCGCCACGCCUCUCAGGAUGAGCUGGCAGCCUCGGCAUACCAAGCAGUGGAAGUGGACCGGCAGUUUGACGGGGCCCCUGUGCAGGUUCGGGUUACCAUGGGGAAGGAGCCACACCACUUCAUGGCCAUCUUCAAAGGGAAGCUGGUUAUCUUUGAGGGUGGGACUUCUAGGAAGGGAAACGCUGAGCCUGAUCCUCCCGUAAGGCUUUUCCAAAUUCAAGGAAAUGACAAAUCUAACACCAAAGCGGUGGAAGUUCCAGCCUUCACCUCCUCUCUAAACUCCAAUGAUGUUUUUCUGCUGCGGACCCAGGCAGAACACUACCUGUGGUAUGGCAAGGGGUCUAGUGGGGAUGAGCGGGCGAUGGCUAAGGAGCUGGCCAGGUUUCUCUGUGAUGGCACCGAGAACACCGUGGCCGAGGGCCAGGAGCCGGCUGAGUUCUGGGAUCUGCUGGGAGGGAAAACUCCCUAUGCCAAUGACAAAAGAUUACAGCAGGAAAUCCUAGAUGUCCAGCCCCGUCUCUUUGAAUGUUCCAAUAAGACUGGCCGGUUCAUUGUCACUGAGAUCACAGACUUCACCCAGGAUGACCUGAACCCAGGCGAUGUGAUGCUCCUGGACACCUGGGACCAGGUGUUCUUGUGGAUCGGGGCUGAAGCCAAUGCCGAGGAGAAGGAGCGAGCUCUUGCCACAGCCCAGGAGUACCUGCACACUCACCCCAGUGGCCGAGACGCCAGCACACCCGUCCUGAUCAUUAAACAGGGCUAUGAGCCUCCCACCUUCACAGGCUGGUUCCUGGCCUGGGACUCUCACAUUUGGAGCGCAGGGAAAUCAUAUGAACAGUUAAAAGAAGAGCUGGGAGAUGCUGCUGCUAUCACCAGAAUCACUGCUGACAUGAGGGACACAACCAUCCCCCUGGAUUCUGAGCCAAAAUAUUACCCCAUAGAAGUUCUAUUGAAAAAUCAGAAUCAGGAGUUGCCUGAGGAUGUGAACCCUGCCAAAAAGGAGAAUUACCUCUCUGAACAGGACUUUGUCUCUGUGUUUGGCAUCACAAGAGGGCAAUUUGCUGCUCUGCCUGCCUGGAAACAGCUCCAGAUGAAGAAAGAAAAGGGGCUUUUCUGAGGCAAACACACACAUCUAGAUAUUGCAAGACCCCGCAAGAGAGCCAACAGUGCCAAUGUCAAGAAAGAAUUUAUCUACUGAUUUCUGCCCAACACCCAGCUACUCACCAUAGAUACAGUAGGGUCUUCAAAUCACAGCAUGUUCUCCAUUUUCUCAUCCCUGCAUUCCUUAGUUGUUACACGCCUAAAAUGCUAACUACCCACUUUUUAAUUUUUGUGGCCUUCUGGCUAAAACUGCAUGAAUCUGGAGAAGUCAAAAAUAACAGAACAAAAAACCUAAGUUUAAAGUAUUUAAUGUUGGGGCAAGGACCUAAGUUUGUUUUAAAAUUUAAGAUGGGUAUUUCCUGUUUAACCCACAAAUCAUUGAAGUUAUUCACGUAUACACCUUAAAGUCAAAAUCUAAAUGCUCAGAUCCGUAUGUGCCAGAGAUUUUUUAAAUUUUCAAAUAAAGAUACCCGAAUGAG